UCUCCACAUCUACCACUCAAGUAUUCAUAAGUCCCAGUGAUACUGAUUUCACAACAACCACUUGGAUAACAGAUUUUGACAAAAAUCAAAAAAUUAAAAGAACAGUUGAUGGUUUUACGUUUACUUUUACUCAUGAUGGAACUACUGUUACCAUAAAUGACUUCCCAGUCACAGAAAAGGAUUGGGAAAACCUUAUUAAGGGAAAUACUGUAACAUUGAAGAAACCUGAUGGAAAAACAGCAACAAUCACGUUUGAAAAACCCAAUAAAGUCAGUUUCAAUAAUAACCCUUUCUAUGGAAACAAAAUUACUACGGAGAUACAGACUACCACAACAAGAAGAGUACCAAAGGGACCAAGCUAUAAAAUACAAAUUAUUCCAGGUGACAUGGAUUUUACAACAUCAACAUGGAUACAGGAGUUCACACAAAUACAAACAAUAACCAGGACUGUUGAUGGCAAUACCUUUACCAUUGUUUAUGACGGAGACACUGUAACGAUAAAUGGAUUCCCUGUAACUGUUAAUGAUUGGGAUACAGUAAUAAAAGGAGAAACUGUAACCUUGAGGGGUCCUAGAGGCAAAACAGCUACUUUGACAUUUAAGAAAAAUACUGUUUAUUUCAAUAACCAACCUCUCACUGGAAAUAGUGUUUCAAUUUCUAUAACAAUUGGUUCAACAGGAUCACAAACACCUACAUCAAUUAUCAGAGGGCCCAACCAUCCAAAAUUUAAUCCAGAGGAAGAUGAUAUAUCUGAGGACCCUCUUGAUUUUACUACAAGCCAAUGGAUCACUUCAUUUACAACACAGCAAACAAUCAUAAGAACAGUUGAUGAUGUUGUAUUUACGAUAAUAUAUGAUGGGAAGAAAGUCACCAUUAAUGGCUUCCCUGUGACGCAAGAUGAUUGGGAUGAUGUUUUAAAAAGAAAUACCGUCACACUGAAAUCCCCCAAAGGCAACACAGCCACUCUUACUUACAAAGAAAACACUGUUUAUUUCAACAACAACCCCCUGACUGGCAAUUUUGUUUCAACUAUGAUAUCAUCAACAAGACCAUCAUCAACUACAGGUGGAAACCGAACUCCUGGCGGAAUUGAUUUUUUCAAAACUACAUGGAUAACUGAUUUUGACAAGAACCAAAAAGUCACAAUGACUGUUGAUGAUAACACAUACAUAAUUAAGUAUGAAAAAACAGUAUUGACCAUAAAUGGUUACACUGUAACUGUGACUCUUUGGAAAAAAGUGCUUGAUGGGCAGGAGGUGACACUGACCAAUGAUAUUGGAGAUACUGUAAUAGUGUCUAUAGUACGAGGAAACAUUAUGUUUGAUAAUAAAAAACUUACUGGUGGUAUGCGUGUAUCAACCAGUAUCUCGAGUACACAAGCUUUUGAUUUCAACAAUUUAGGAGGAUUUAAUGAUUUUGGAAAUGGCUAUUUUGGAACAAAGAUUCUGCCAAGCACUGGAGGGGGAAUGGAGGAUCUUGACUUCAGAACUACUACCUGGUUUUCCAAAGUAAAGAAAAAUGAAGAAAUAAGAAGAACUGUUAAUGGAAACACAUUUGUAAUCAUUGGAACUGGAGAUGGUAACACAGUUACAAUUAAUGGAUACACUGUUACCAAGAAACAAUGGCAGGAUGCUUUAUCAGGAAACACAGUUACACUAACCUCAUCCUCAGGCAGUAAGACAAUUACAAUGACUUCAUCUUCUAAUAAAGUCAUAGAGUUUGAUGGAAUGGUUUUCUAUGGAUAUCUCACUAGUAUGUCAAGAUCUUACAGUUCAACCUCUUCCUCCUCCUCUUCUUCUUCCUCUUUCACAUCCUCUUCCUCAUCUUCAUCCUCUUCGUCUUCAUCAUCCUCGUCCUCCUCAUCUUCAUCUAGCUUUGGCUCUCAUGGUAGCUUUGGAUCUCCAAAAUCUUUCGGACAUAUGAGUUCUAUGUGGAAGAAGAGACAUUGAAGAUUUUACCAAUUGAAUAUGCAUUAGUGAACUAUAAAUGUAAUUUUUCAAAAAUAUAUAUUUUUUAAACAGA